AUUUGUAUCCACGAAUCACGGCAAUUACAAUGGCGCAGGGCCAGAUCAAGAAAGCGAAGGCGCCAGCGCCGAAGAACACGAACCGCAAGCAGACCGGCGCACGAGUGAUCAAGCCAAAGAAAGCAUCUGCCCUGAAGAAAGAGCAGUUCAAGAAGAAGCACUCGGCUGGCCUGAUAGCCGCAACGGAGCAGUCUCUCGCUGGCAAAGCAGGCCAUCUAGAAAUCCUGCGUGGAGGAAAGAAGGACAAGAAGGCUGAGAAAACGGCAACUGGUCAGGCGAAGAAAUGAACAACCCGACUUGAUGCGAAAACGGUCAGUCGGCGCAUGAGCGCUGUCGUGAACUGUUUACAACAACUCGAUGCUUGACGGCCUGCGCUGCCUAAGUAAAGCCAUCCUUCGACAGCGCCGAGCAAUCUUGACUCGCAAUGGACAUUCGCCCCACAACGACUGCAGAAAAAGAGACAGCAUUUGUCAAAAUCCAUCGGUGAUGCGGAGAACAGCAGCAAAGCAGUAAGAGAAGAGUCUUGGAGGACGUUUGGAGGUUACAGCUAGAGAAGGCAAUCGAUGCCGAGCAGGAGGAUGGAAAUGUGCGCAGAGGAGAUGGCAGAAAUGGAGUUCAAGGCCCAUUGAGCAGAUCGAACGUAUGGCUGCGAACAGCACUCAGAUUAAGCGAUGUGAGCACAAUGUUCUUUGUUCUGUCGAGGAAUGUGUUACCUCCGCAACGCACGCGAUACGCCAAGAGUUCGGGCAAGGCAAACCACGACUCCAGCUACGAGCAGUAUUUUGCAGAGGCAGU